AUGCAGUCAGUCACCCGCCCUGCCUCCGCCUCCACCUCCACUCGCCAGACCAGCUCGCCGAACCCGAGAACCCAGUAUCAGGUCAACACACAGACUAGAGUCUUCGACACCACUCAAGGCAGGCUCCUGUGCAUCGCUGAUAUUCGUGGCCGCCUCUCUGCCCUCAAUGACCUCGCGCGAGAAGCAAACGCGUCCGCCAUUAUCCACACCGGGGACUUUGGCUUCUUCGAGGCCCCCAGUCUCGACAGGAUAAACGACCGCACCCUCCGUCACCUCACUAUGUAUUCGCCCCUCAUCCCUACGGCUCAGAGAAACCACCUCCUCGCACCUGAAAAUCCCCCGCACGCGGUCCGUUCCACCGUCACCAUCUCGCUUCUUUCCGAGUUCCCUCUACUCCUCUCCGGUCAAAUCAAGCUCCAAGUGCCCGUUUACACCGUCUGGGGCGCGUGCGAGGACGUAAUUGUGCUCGAGAAGUUCCGCUCGGGGCAGUACGAAAUCGAGAACCUUCACGUCCUCGACGAGGCGACCACCCGCUGCCUCGACCUCGGCGGCGUCAAGCUGCGGCUCCUCGGGCUGGGUGGCGCGCUGGUGCCACACAAGAUGUUCGACAACGGCGACGGGAACGCGACCAUCGCGGGCGGGCAGGGCACUAUGUGGACGACUGCGCUGCAGAUCGGGGAGCUCGUCGACACCGCGCAACGCGUGUUCGAUCCCACCGAGACGCGUCUCCUCGUCACGCACGCGAGUCCUGGGCGGGAGGGCAUCAUGAGCCAGCUCUCGUUGGUGCUCAAAGCGGACCUCACUGUUUCUGCGGGUCUCCAUUUCCGGUAUGCGUCUUCGUACAACGAAUUCAGCGUGCAGUCGGACUUCGAGGGGCUGCGGCACAAGGUCCUGGCCGGGAAGGACGCCUUCGACAAGGUUUGGGAGAGCGUCAAGACGCAAGUGGAUGCGGUCAUCGACGAGCACCAGCGCGUCCUCUUGGACAAGGCCCUUUCCGUGGUCGAGAAGAUACCUCCCCCACCGAACCAGCCCGGUCCUACUGGCCAGCCACACGGCGAAGACCCUGCAUGGAAGAACUGUUGGAACUGGAACCUGUGCGACGCGGCGUACGGCUCGCUUGUCCUCGACGUCAAGGACGGGCGCGUCAGCGCCGAGCUCAAGAGCCAGGGCUUCAACUACGCCUACCGCCGCACCAUCACGCCCUCCACUGUCACCGCGACAUCCGAUACCGCCGCUCCCUCGUUUUCCGCGCAGGGCACUGCCGCAGGGACCCCCAAGGGCGUCGGAACUACCGCAGCAACGCCGGUGGCCGCCGAGAAGCAGCUCCCGCCUCACCUCUCCGCCUCAAAAUCCAAGCCGGGCACACCGCCUCCGCCAGCUUCUGGCAGGGAAACGCCGAAGCUCAACGGCGCGCCGAACCAGGCCGCGCUCGACAAGGCGGAGCGCGAGAAGGCGAAGCGGGAGCGCAAGAAGGAGCGCAAACAGCUCGAGCGCGCCGAACGCGAAGCCACUGGGGGAGGCAAGGAUGACGCGACGUCGCCGACGCCGAACGCACGCGCGGAGAUCGACCUGAGCAGUCCGCCGCCCAAGUCCGGCAAGGCGACCCCGGACGUCGCCGCGGCCGCGCCGGCUGCUGGGGCCAGCGGCGACGCGCGGGCCGACGACGGGGUGAUGUCGCCCACGACGGAGAGCGGCGGCGCGCGCACUCCGACGAGCAAAAGGCCUGCGCGGAACCCGUGGACUAUCUUCAUGCGCAUGCAGUUCCCCGCGAACGAGACCGAAGUCAGGGACUACUUCGGGGGCGCGAAGGACGGGAUCACUCGCGUGAACUAUCCGGCGAACUUUGCGGGUCGCGGUCAGAAGAUGUGCUACGUCGAGUUUGGUGACGAGGAGGGCAUGAAGGCUGGCUUGGCGAGAAACGGCGAGAGUCUGAACGGGGGCACCCCGGAGUUGAAGCAGGCGACGGACAAGGAGUCGCGCACGGUGGAGAACGGCGGCCACAGAGGCGGUUUCACCGGGCGCGGCGGACGUGGACGCGGAGGCUUCGCCGCUCGUGGCUUCGCGUCUGCAGGUCUCACGCGCGGCGGCCCGCCUGGACGGAUGAACGGCGAAGGCGGGUCCGCGGAUGCGUAA